GGUUCCGGGGCCGCUCGGCCCGGCCCGCCCGGCCCGGUGUCCGCCGGCACGAGGGAGCUGCCCGGAGCCUCUGGACGGGGAUCAUGUGCGUGUGUAAAUGAGCAUCACACGCUUCCCUUGAAGAAGUGACCCCUCAGGUGUUUGCUGCGAGGAUCCUUUGCUCCCUGAGAGGUUCCAGCCAUGUUCAGUGCCAGCCAGUCCUCCAGGGCCCAGUUCCUGGACAAGGCCCGGCAGGCGCGGGAGGAGCGGCGGGAGCUGAAGGAGAGGGAAAGAGCUGCAGUGCAGCUCCAGGCUCUGGUCAGGAGGUUUCUGUGUCGCUGCCGCCUGCAGAGGGAGAUCAGGAGAGAGGUGGAGGAAUUCUUUGGGACAAAUGAAUGUGGCUCAAGUAAAAGAAGUGCCCUGUCUGUGUUCAGGAUUGCCAGGAAGCUGCUGUUUGUGUUCAAUCCCAAGGAGGACAAGGAGAGGUUUGAAAAGCUGUGCCGUUGCAUCCUGAACAGCAUGGAUGUGGAGAACGAGCCCAAGGUGUGGUAUGUGUCACUGGCACUCUCCAAGGACCUGACACUCCUCUGGAUCAAACAGAUCAAAGACAUCCUGUGGUUUUGCUGUGAAUUCCUCAAGCAGCUCAAGCCUGACAUCCUGCAGGACUCCAAACUGGUGAACUUGCACCUCACAAUGCUGGUCACCUUCACAGACACUUCCACCUGGAAAAUCCUCCGGGGAAAAGGUGAGACCCUGAGACCUGCCAUGAACCACAUCUGUGCCAACAUCAUGGGCCACCUGAACCAGAAGGGCUUCUACUCCGUGCUGCAGAUUUUGCUAACUAAUGGCUUGGCAAGAUCCAGACCUUCCCUGUCCAAAGGUUCCUUAACUGCCAUCUUCUCCCUUGCCUUGCGCCCUGUGGUUGCUGCACAGUUCUCAGACAAUCUCCUGAGGUCCUUCCUGAUCCAUGUCAUGUCUGUGCCUGCUAUAAUGACUCACCUUGCUACUCUCACCCCUGAGCGCCUGGCAGUGAUCGAAUCCCACGAUCUCUUCCGGAAGUUCAUCCUGUUCCUGAGCCGGGAAUCCCAGUGCCGGGAUGUCUGCGUGUGCCUGGAGGGCAGUCACACUCUCUGCUUGCUGGGCAAUCUGGUGUUCCUGGGCUCCCUGAAUGACCAGGUGCUGGAGGAGGAGACAGCUCAUUUUGUGGGGGUGCUCAUCCACAUGCUCUCCUACUGCCAGAAGUACGUGUCCCAGAAGAAAUCCAACCUCACCCACUGGCACCCUGUGCUGGGCUGGUUCUCGCAGACUGUGGAUUAUGGGCUGAACGAGUCCAUGCCCCUGCUGACCAGGCAGCUGCAGCACCUCUGGGGAGUCCACAUGAUCCGAAUCCUCUUCAAUGAUGUGCUCAGCAAGAAACUGCUGGAAAAUCAGGAGAUAGCUCAGCUGCCAGCACAGCCAAUCUCCCCUCAGAACAGCCUUCCUAUGAAAAAUCUGUUCAAGAGAGCUUUCCAGAAGUCGGCCUCAGUCCGGAACAUCCUGAAGCCGGUGGGAGGGAAGCGCGUGGACUCGGCCGAGGUGCAGAAGGUUUGCAGCAUCUGUGUCCUGUACCAAACCACCCUGACCACCCUCACCCAGAUCCGCCUGCAGAUCCUCACAGGUCUCACUUACCUGGAUGAUCUGCUGCCCAAAUUAUGGGCUUUCAUCUGUGAGCUGGGACCACAGGGGGGGUUAAAACUCUUUCUGGAGUGUUUGAACAACGACACAGAGGAAUCCAAGAGGCUGCUGGCCAUGUUGAUGCUCUUCUGUGACUGCUCCCGUCACCUCAUCACGAUUCUGGAUGACAUCGAGGUCUACGAAGAGCAGAUUUCAUUCAAACUGGAAGAGCUGGUGACCAUCUCCUCUUUCCUGAAUUCCUUCGUGUUUAAGAUGAUCUGGGAUGGAAUUGUAGAGAAUGCCCGAGGGGAGACCCUGGAGCUGUUUCAUUCUGUCCAUGGCUGGCUCAUGGUGCUGUACGAGCGGGAUUGUCGCCGGCGCUUCGCUCCUGAGGAUCACUGGCUGCGCAAGGACCUCAAACCCAGCGUGCUUUUCCAGGAGCUGGACAAGGACAAGAAACGAGCCCAGCUGCUCCUGCAGUACAUCCCACAUGUCAUUCCUCACAAGAACAGGGUGCUGCUUUUCCGGAACAUGGUGACAAAGGAGAAGGAGAAGCUGGGGCUGGUGGAGACGAGCUCGGCGUCCCCUCACGUCACCCACAUCACCAUCCGCCGCUCCCGCAUGCUCGAGGAUGGAUACGAACAGCUCCGGCAGCUCUCCCAGAACGCCAUGAAGGGAGUGAUCAGGGUGAAGUUUGUGAACGACCUGGGGGUCGAUGAGGCUGGCAUUGAUCAAGAUGGAGUCUUCAAAGAGUUCCUGGAAGAGAUCAUUAAAAAAGUGUUUGACCCUGCACUGAACCUGUUCAAGACCACCAGUGGUGAUGAGAGGCUGUACCCAUCCCCAACAUCUUACAUCCAUGAGAACUACCUGCAGCUCUUCGAGUUUGUGGGGAAGAUGCUUGGGAAGGCUGUGUAUGAGGGAAUAGUUGUGGAUGUACCGUUUGCUUCCUUCUUUUUGAGUCAGCUCCUUGGGCACCACCACAGUGUCUUCUACAGCUCCGUGGAUGAACUGCCCUCCUUGGACUCAGAGUUCUAUAAAAAUCUCACUUCAAUUAAGCGUUAUGAUGGUGAUAUCAGUGACCUGGGCUUGACACUGUCCUAUGAUGAAGAUGUGAUGGGUCAGCUGGUUUGCCAUGAACUUGUUCCUGGAGGGAAGACCAUUCCCGUUACCAAUGAAAAUAACACUUCUGAGGUCAAAGGCACCCAGUCAGGGAGAUUCUGCAGGAUUUAAUGAUGGUGAUGGAUACAGACAGAUGGAUUCAAAGCAAUUCAGGCACACAGUCGUGAACACAGAGGGCACAGAUGCUCAAAGACACCUUGGAGCAGACAGAUCUCCUCAGAAUGAUAACAUGUGGCAGUUGUAUAAAGCACCGUGUUCGGAGCAGACAGUGCUGAAUUCAAAUGUACUCGACAGUCGUUCUUUAGAGCCAGGAAAUCAGAGGAGACACCGAGCCCCGGGGCUGUUUUCACAGAUAACCGGCUUUUAGAUCGUUAUCAGAAAUGUCAACUCCGGAGCCUGCAAACCAACCCCACCUUUUUGUUCCUUUUUUUUUUUUUUUUUUUUUCCCCAUCCCUAUCCCCUUCAGUGCUCAUAAAAGCAGAAUGAAAUAUCUGUUAAGCAAAUGUGUGUUUGAACUGGUGAUCUGGGGGUUGUUAUCUUUUUCCUGACAAAUGGAAGCUGGAUCCCACCUGGAUCUGUGCUCUGCAGUCUGAUGUUUCCAGGCUUUUCCCUUCUCCAGCUCUGACCAGGGAGUUUGCAUUUGAAAGGAUCUUCCUCUGGCCUGUCAAGAGUCAGCUCAGGGAAAAACUUGAAAGUCCUGGAUGCUGCUCUAGUAAUUUACAGGAGAAAUUUGAUGUUUUUGCACCCAAAUUGGGAGUUGGAAGGGAGCAGAAGUGUUGGGGAUGGCAGCAAUCUGGAAACAGCUCUGCCUGGGAAUGCUUGGGUGACCUUGCCAAAAACCCAGGCAGCGGAAUUGUGGUGGGGUCUGUGUGGGAGCUGCUGAAGACAAAUCAGCAAGUUCAGGUGUUUUGCCUGGAGGUGAGAAGAGGAAGACAGACAAAAAGUUCACCUUUCCCACAUCCUGCAGGAAGGUGGGAAUUUGCUUAUUGGUUUUGGUGUAAUGUUUCUCCAGCCAUGGGACAACAGAGCCCAGUGAGCUGUUGGUCAGACCUAGAGGAGUCUGCUUGGAGAGCUGAGCUCUUAAAAGGUGUUGGAGCUGUGUCCAGCCAAGGCUGAUCAAGGGCUUAUUAAAGCCAAUUAGUCCCUGAGCUGGGCAGGAGCUCUGAGAAAUGAGCAGAGUCCCAGAGGCAGGAAAGGGUCAAAAUCUGGACAGAAAAACAUCAUCUGCUUCAAUAAAAAGCAGGGCCUGGAGGGGGAAGUAUAACCCUGUGCAGGCUGUCCCAGUCCUUGUGGGGCUGGAGAGACAGGUCGGGGACAGUUCAGUGGUGGGUGGUGGGUACCCC